GUUCCUGCUGCUUGUCGAUUUAAAGAAAAUCCAAUUCGUUUUCUACAAGCGUAGAAGUGGGUACUCCAGCUAUCGUUGUGUUUGCCAUUCCUAUCCGAGUACCUACUUGUCAUCGCUAGCCUGUUGUGGAAAAUAUUUUAAGCCGAAUAAGCGCUGACACCAAUAGAGGAAUCCAUCCAAGAUGUCGCACACCAUUCUGUUCGUUCAGCCCGGGGCUCGCCCGGAGACUCGCACUUACUGCGACUACGAGAGCGUCAACGAGUGCAUCGAGAGCGUGUGCAGGUCCUACGAGGAGUAUCUGAAGCGCCGCAACCCCAAAAAAUCGACCAUUACGUACGAGAUCAGCCAGCUCUUCGACUUCAUCGAUCGGCUGAAGGACAUCUGCUGCUUGGUGUACCAGAAGACCACCAAAACCUACGCCCCGUUCAACAAGGAGUGGAUCAAGUCUAAGCUCUACGAGCUGCUCCGCGGAUCGGCGCACAGCGCUUGAGACGAGUCCAGGGAUGCUGGACAUCGAAGUAACCAACAAAACAACACAAAAGACAGUGAACACACACAGAAGGGGAAUCAUCCGAGGGCAAUCAAUGCUCCAAAUAGAAGACAAAAUCAUCAUAAGCACAUCAAAGGCACAAGAAGAAAUCAAACAGGAACCACAGCCACAUCCAACAUCGUCUGAAGCACUUAACAAUCAAUGAAAUGUAUUCCUUACUUUACAAGAAAUAAUAUA